UUAAUGAGACUCCAGGAAGACACGUCCGUUAUAGUUGAGCCGGUAACCUUCGAUGUCCGCACGGUCGGAGGGGCAAGUGAGAAUUUCUGGAAGUCACCGAGCGGCAAUUUUUGGACGAUGAUGGUCGCCGAGCGAUAGUUUACUGUGGUGUCCCAAGAUUCUUUUCUUUGUUAAUUUCUACUUUCACCCAACAUUCCCAUUUUCUCGCGGACAUCUCAAUCUUUUCUUCAUCCGCGAUAUCAACGUUUACCACCAUCACAACGUCAUCAUGGCCACCAACGGUACUCUGCCACCGAGCUACGCGCUCUCCCAGACACACUAUGAGUUGAUGCACAAGCCCUUGGUCGAGCUCGACCCUGAGCUCACCGCGAUCAUGGACAAGGAGAUCAAGAGACAGAAGGAGUCCAUUCUGCUCAUCGCUUCAGAGAAUGUCACAUCGAAGGCUGUCUUUGACGCUCUUGGAACGCCAAUGAGCAACAAGUACAGCGAAGGUUAUCCUGGUGCCCGCUACUACGGUGGUAAUGAGCACAUCGACGAGAUUGAGCUCCUCUGCCAAAAGCGCGCCCUUGAGACUUUCCGCCUGAACCCUGAGCAGUGGGGCGUCAAUGUCCAGUGCUUGUCCGGCAGUCCUGCAAACUUGCAAGUAUACCAGGCUAUCAUGAGGCCGCACGACCGUCUGAUGGGUCUUGAUCUGCCCCACGGAGGCCACUUGAGCCACGGAUACCAAACUCCGCAGCGAAAAAUCAGUGCCGUCUCCACUUACUUCGAGACCUUCCCCUACCGCGUCAACUUGGAGACCGGCAUCAUCGACUACGACCAGCUCGAGCAGAACGCCCUCAUGUACCGACCCAAGGUGCUCGUUGCCGGUACUUCCGCUUACUGCCGCGAGAUUGACUACAAGAGGAUGAAGGAGAUUGCCGACAAGGUCGGCGCAUACUUGAUGAUGGAUAUGGCUCACAUCAGUGGUCUCAUCGCUGCCGGUGUCAACAAGUCACCUUUCGAGUACGCCGACAUUGUCACCACUACCACUCACAAGAGCUUGCGUGGUCCCCGUGGUGCCAUGAUCUUUUUCCGCAAGGGCGUCCGCAAGACCGAGAUCAAGGCCGGCAAGGAAGUCAAGGUUCUCUACGACCUUGAGGGCCCCAUAAACUUCUCUGUCUUCCCAGGUCACCAGGGAGGACCCCACAACCACACUAUCACCGCCCUUGCUGCCGCUCUUAAGCAGGCUCAGAGCCCUGAGUUCCUUCAAUAUCAGCAGCAAGUCAUCAAGAACGCAAAGCAGCUUGAGAAGUCAUUCAAGGCUCUUGGUUACAAGCUUGUGACUGAUGGUACUGACAACCACAUGGUUCUGGUCGAUCUGAAGCCCAUCAACCUCGACGGUGCCCGUGUUGAGGCCGUCUUGGAGCAGGUCAACAUUACCUGCAACAAGAACACCACCCCUGGUGACAAGUCAGCCCUGACACCAUGUGGUAUCCGAAUCGGUGCUCCUGCCAUGAGCUCUCGUGGCAUGGGUGAGGCUGACUUCGACCGCAUCGCCGGAUAUGUCCACAAGUGCAUCGAGCUCACACAGAAGAUUCAAGCCGAGCUACCCAAAGAGGCGAACAAGCAGAAGGAUUUCAAGGCGAAGGUUGCCGGUGGUGCCAACACCAUCCCCGAGAUUAAGGCCAUGAAGGACGAGAUCAUUGCCUGGGCCAGCACCUUCCCUCUGCCCGUCUAAACGCAGACGCCACCAGGCGUACGAUUUUCUCGUAAUUGUGCAUAUAAAGGCGUUUGGGUAUAUCAAUUUGGUCGGGCGGCUUGCACCAAGGAAAGUUUUUCAACACAGCGCGGUGUUUGGUCAUUUUCAAAGCUCAGGUACUGGGAAGGAAACGCUAUGCAAUGGUGUGACGAGGGUACGAGAGCAAUUCAGCAGGUAGUGAUGAAGUAGCUUAUUCAACGUAUUAGCAGCUUCACAAUAUACUUAUUGGUAUGUUAUGUGUGUACGUUAUUCUCGUGUAGAAUAAUUAUUCUGGCCAUAAUGUGCACCUUCGGCGAACAAAUAGAUUUUC